AUGUCAAUAGAAAACGAAUUUCUUGAUUUAUUUGAUUCAGAAGUUAUCAAGCUGACUCCGGUGACUUUGGAUAUAGAUACUGAAAAUUCAUCUGAUCAAUUUACACUCUCUAUAGGUCCACCGGGAAGAUUAUACACUUGUCUUAAAGGUUACUUAAUUAACAAAAUAUUGCUAAAUGAUACAACCAUUUGGGAAACAAACGAAAAGAGUAAAUAUGUAAUACACGUGUUUGUUCAUGAAAUUAAUGGCACAAUAGCUUGGAUUGAACUAAUAAAAAAUCAUGGAUUUGUUUAUGUUUUAUAUAAUUUAAACUAUUUUGAUGAAACUAAUAAAAUAACUAUCGACUUUAGUAAAAGGGAAGAUGAAUUUCAAGAAGAUUAUAUGGUUUUUGGUAGCGAUUUUGACCUUUACUAUUUAGAACGUAAUGGAGAAGUUAUCAAGUAUACUAAUUUAUGUGAUAAACGUUACAUUGCUCGUAGAGUAAAGCCAAUCAAUAAAAUUAUUGAUUUUCCUAGUAUAAUCCCUUGUGAUAAUGAAUCAAUAUCUAAUUCUGAGGUCCAAGAUAUGGCCAAUUUGAAAAUUUCUGAGGUCCAAGAUAUGGCCAAUUUGAAAAUUUCUGAGGUCCAAGAUAUGGCCAAUUUGAAAAAUUCUGAAAAAGUAGUGAUAUGGAAGGCUGAAAAAGAAAGUGAAUGUGCAUGGGCUGUGUCAGUUUGUAUCAGAAGUAUCAAAGAGCGAUAUUUCGCCAUACUACACAAAAACACAAGUUAUUCGUUAUAUCAAUGGAAUAAUUCCUCUGAUAAAUGGGAAAAUAAAACCGAAGCAAAAUUUAAUUUGGCUGAUUACAAGUUCUAUUUUCAUUAUGAAAAAUACGCAAGAGAUAUAGAAGAUUUAUUAGAAUCGUGUCAAACUACUUUAGUUGGCAUGGAAUAUCAUGUUUUGUUAAACUUUCACCGAAAAUAUAAAGACGUGUACGGGAGAGAUUUGGCAAACGCUAUAGUAUUUGACACUGUCAAUAAAACUUUAAGAAUCGAUUUCCAAAAUAACAAAAGUGUUUCACUCGAUGUUAAAAACACAAAUAUUAAACUUAUAUACAACUAUCAGCCAAUUAAAAAAAAGCCGAGAUUUUCUAUGGCAAAUGAUUCAUAUCACAAAAAUAUUCCAAUAACUAAACAUAGAAGCUGCUUGAGUUUAUGUCCUAUUUUUGAAGAUUCGCUACUAUAG